AUGCAGUCCUACAUUGGUGUGUUGGCACGCUCCAGAGUCCCUCUUUCGGACAAGAAAUGGGCUGAAAUCCCCAAUGAUAUAAAGGAGCAGAUUUGGGAAGCCGUUGACAUGGCUUUUGUGGUAGGUCAAGGGGGCAAGACCUCGGUGUUAUCUUCUGCUGCCAAGAAAUGGAAGGAUUUCAAGUCUACACUGACGAGGCAUUAUAUCCUUCCAUACAUCAAGGAGAGGGAGAAAUUAAGCCAACCCCCUGAAAGUAGGGAGAAACUUGAGUACAAUCAUCGAUUGUCUCGAAAAGGAUAUGCUGGUUUGGAGGAUCAAUUGGAGGAAACCAUGCCUGGGGUAGAAAUUGAUCGAUCUACCUUAUGGAAGAAAGCUAGACAGGACAAACAUGGUAACAUCCCAGAUCCAAAGGUGGCAGAGAAAGCAAAAUUAAUUGAUGAAUUGCAAAAACAAGUGGCUGAAGGCAGUCUUAGUGUAACUGGCAGUAAUGAUGUGUUGACCUUGGCUUUGGGUCCCGAGCAUCCAGGGAGAGUAAGAGGGGUAGGUGCUGGGAUUUCCCCUAGGCAAUUCUUCAAUUUACCUAGACAACAGAGAGUAAAGUUUGCCGAUCAAUUGAAGGAAAGUGUAAGAAUUGUCCUUCAAGAAGAGACUAAGAAGAUGGAAGCUAUAUCAAGGGAAGAGACUUCAAGGAUGGAGGCUAGAACCAAGCAAUUGGUAGAGGCUACUGAGAGGGAACAUAUACUAAGUCAGCUUUCCCAACUCAUCCCCAAUUUUGAUCCAAGCAUGCUUAAACUGAAAACUAGCCCCUGUCAAAACCAAGGUCUAGAGCAAAGUCCCAAAAAUCCAAUGUCUGACAAAGCAAGCUGCUCUGGGGCUGAUGUGAGAUCCCUACAUUUAGAGGAUGAUACUGCCAAAAAUGGGGAACAGCAGGAAGAAACGUUUGCCAAGGGAAAAGAGCAAGCGCCAUACCCCCAAGCAGCCAUUGAUGAAGUCCGAAAUGAAUGGGCAGAUCUUGUUUGCCUUCAUAUGGAGUAG